CAUCAAGCCGGCCUCGGAUGCUCGUUGGCAUGUGCCGUAGAGUUCUUCUCCUCAUUUUUUGUUUUACGAUGGACUCUUCCUGAAUUCCGCUCCAAUGACAAUUGCAGGGCAUCCUGUGGCUUUGCAUUAAACCCGCUGAGUGCAUGCAGUAGGUUGUGAGAUGUGUAUUUAAUAUUGCAGGGCAAGGCUUCAGCGGGCUUGUCUCACUAGCCCCGAGUACUGCCAUGGCUGAAAGGAGCCGACUAAUGCAAAGGGAACUGUUGCUCCUAGUCCUUGUGGCUUGUAUCCACUUGUUGACCUGUCCUUUUACUAAAGUGGAAGAAAGCUUCAACCUGCAAGCCAUGCACGACCUCCUGUACCACCGCCUGCACUUGGACAAGUACGAUCAUCACGAAUUUCCCGGAGUUGUUCCAAGGACUUUUGUGGGACCGCUUUUUAUUUCACUGCUCUCUGCACCAGCUGCUUGUGUCCUCUCGGUUCUCAACGUGUGCAAGUUUCACUCACAACUUCUAGUUCGAGGAUGCCUUGGUCUCUGUGUAAUCUCUGCACUCUGGAAGUUUCAGAAAGAAGUCCGGAACCAAUAUGGCACAAGAGUUGCUGUUCUCUUCUGUUGGAUCUCAGCAACACAAUUCCACCUGCUCUUUUACUGCACAAGAACUCUACCAAAUAUCUUUGCACUGCCCAUUGUUCUGUUGGCGUUUACAGCCUGGAUGCAGCAGAACCACGGCAUGUUUAUAUGGCUUUCUGCCCUAGCUAUCAUUGUAUUCCGAUUCGAGCUUUCCAUAUUCCUGGGUCUCAUGCUGCUGUUGUCCUUAGUGAGCCAUCAUAUUUCGAUUCUCCAAAGUCUUUGCCAUGCAGUGCCAGCUGGCUUGGUGUGGUUGGCUCUAACCAUAUUGGUGGAUUCUGUGUUUUGGAGACGACUCCUCUGGCCUGAGGGAGAAGUACUUUGGUACAAUACAAUCUUGAAUAAGAGUUCUGAAUGGGGAACGUCACCCUUUUUAUGGUAUUUUUACUCGGUACUGCCUCGUGCUCUUGGUUGUACUGUUAUUUUUCUGCCUCUUGGAGCACAAGACAGGAGGACCUGGAAGCUGCUUUUCCCAGCACUUGGUUUCAUCUUUUUAUACUCAUUUCUACCUCACAAAGAACUGCGCUUCAUAAUCUACACUUUUCCUGUCUUGAAUGUUGUUGCAGCCAUGGGAUGCUCAUCCCUAAUGAUCAACUACCACAAAUCGCUGUUUUAUAAAUUGGGUUUCUUUGCUGUGAUUGCACAUUUCAUAGCAAAUGUCUGCUACACUGGGUCGUUGCUAUAUGUAUCCCACCAUAACUACCCAGGUGGAGUUGCUAUGCAAAAACUACAUGAGAUGGUGCCUCCAACAACAGCUGUUUCCGUGCAUAUUGAUGUUGCUUCUGCUCAGACCGGUGUUUCUCGGUUUCUUGAACUCAACCAAAAUUGGAGGUAUGACAAGAGGGAAGAUCUUAAACCAGGAGAAGUUGGCACCAAAGAAUACACACACAACCUAAUGGAAAUGGAUCCAAAUUACGUAUCACAGUACAGAAACACACAUAGGAUAAUAUUCAAUAUUUCUGGCUUUAGUGGGAUUGGAUUUAAUAUCUCUCGAUUACCUCCAUUUUACAUUAAACUCAAAACAAAAUUAGUGGCACUAGAAAAAAUUCACACGCACAUUAAUGAGAAAAAGAUAAAAUAAAAUGUAGCUCAUUUUGCUCAGUGAUUAAGACUAACACAAUUCUGUGAGUUCCCUUUGAUUCUGUCAUUUAUUACAAACAAAAUCUUAAUUCACAGCACUAAUUGGGAGUCUGAAAUAAUGUGUGAUGUUGUGAAGAUGUUCUUCCUUAACUUAUGCCAAGGUAAAGAAAAAUUGCUCAUUUGUUACUAGUACUAUUUGAUGUUUCUACACCUUCAAAUUUUUUUGAAUUUAAAAAAUGUAAUAUGUCCUUCUCAAUGUCAUAAUGAAGAAAACGGAGACAAAAAUUUUACCUGAGUGUGUGCCAUAAUUUUCCAAACAUUGAAGUGAAUGGAAAGAAAACUGGGCGACAAUGGAAAUGACAUUUCAAUCACUUUUAUCUCUAAGAAGUGCAGAUAUAUUGCACAAGACCGAAUGAUAAUUAUGCAAUCAUGUUGUACCUGAUUAUAUUGCAAAUAAGACAAAGUGAUUUGUACAGUAUAACUAUUUAAUCAUGUUUCUGAUUUCAUCUGCUGCAAAGGAAUAAUGAAUCAAACUACUAGUCCAAUGAGUAAUAUUGAAAACAUGAGAUCACUUCAGUUCUCCAUUGUUAUAAGAACUUUUAGUGGACCAGAAAUUAUAUUCGUUCUCCGUUGUACAGAUUAAACUGGUCAUACUUCAGGCUGAAGUUACUUGAAUACAACAAAAACAGAUAUUUCUAGUCACGCUAUUAUUUCAACUCAUGCAUAAUUGAUUCUGUUUUCUGUCCUUUUAAAGUUUUAGAGAGAGAUUUUUGGUCAGAACUUCUCACUUUAGUAGAACAUAAAUAUUAAAGUGCUGUUAGUCAUUGGCUUGAAAUGUACUCAAAAUUUAAAUUCUUGCACUAGUGUACCUGUUUCUGAACUUUAUAAAUAAAUACAAAAUUGUUCAUUUUUA